AUGGCCUCCACGAGCAUUCCAUUGGAGGCAGACUAUGUCAUCGUGGGUGGUGGUACUGCUGGUCUAGUCCUCGCCUGUCGACUCUCUGAGGAUCCCACCAAGUCAGUGGUGGUCUUGGAGGCUGGCAAGGAUUUGACGGCUGAUCCUCGCGUUCAAAUUCCAGCCAUGUGGACAACGAUGAUGGGAUCAGAGGGGGAUUGGCAACUGAAAACUACUCCCCAGUCUGGAUUGAAAGAUCGGGUUAUUAGGUCAACCCAGGGAAAACUUCUUGGUGGGUCUUCUGCAAUCAAUGGCCAGGCCUUCAUUGCACCUUCGAAACUCGUGUACGACUCUUGGGAAAAACUGGGCGCAGAGGGAUGGACAUGGGAGAACGUUCACCCGUACCAUAAGAAGUCGUACACCAUCCAGCUCCCCGAUCCCGCCACUCGCCUGCAUCUCGGUAUUGACAGUUGGGUGGAUAUCGAUGCCCAAGGAUCAUCCGGUCCACUGAAGAUUUCCUUCCCCGCUGUGGUUCAAGAUCCACUGGCCAAAGCAUGGGUGGAGACAUACAAAGGUCUUGGUCACGAUAUAACCGCGGACCCAUUCUCUGGCAGAUCAAUCGGUGGCUAUAGCAAUAUGGCUGCAGUUGAUGACGAGACAAAAACAAGGAGUUAUGCUGCAACACAGUAUGGUAUACCCGCAAAACAACGCCCAGGCGUCUCGAUUCUUACAGAGGCAUUGGUGUGCAAGGUUAUCUUCGACCAAACCACAGCAACAGGGGUCAUUGUCAUCAUCGACGGAGAAACGCACACUAUCAAGGCGAAUAAAGAGGUUAUUAUUUCGUCGGGUGCUUUCAAUACGCCGAAGCUCCUCGAGCUAUCCGGGAUUGGCAAUAAGGAGAUCCUAGAUCGAUACAACAUCCCCGUUGUUGUGGAAAAUCCAAAUGUUGGAGAAAACCUUCAAGACCACCUUAUGUCCGGCAUUAGCUUCGAGGCUGUUGAUGGGACAAUGACAGGAGAUGCUCUCGUACGUCAAGAGCCAGAGGCCAUCCAAGAAGCUAUGAAGCUAUAUGCUGAGCAUAAAGCGGGUCCUUUUACUAUUGGCGGUGUCCAGUCAAGUGCUUUUAUGCCCUGCUUAGACGAAAAUGGAGACAGAAAUGAGAAGUACAUCAAAGAUUUGAUGGAUCCUUUCUUUUCAGGCACAAAUAUCUGUGAUCGGGACCAAGCUAUUCGCAGUAUCUUUGAACAGCCUGAUUCUCCUACUUGCUCCCACUUCAUGUUUCUUUGCCAGGCAAAUCUGCAUGAGACUGGGAAGAGCUUUGUUGGCCAGGAUCUCCUCCCUGGCAACUUUGUCAGCCUUGGAAUCAUCCAGGGCAUUCCAUUUUCUCGUGGUAGCACCCAUAUCUCAUCUUCAAACGUGGAGGAUAAGCAGACAAUUGAUCCUCGAUACUUCUCAAACCCGUUAGACUUGGAAAUCAUGGCGCGCAAUCUGCUGGACGUGGUGGCAUCUCAAAGGGCAGCCCCACUGUCGCAUUUCCUUAAGUCAAACGGGCGCCGGAAUCAUCCUGAUGCUUUCAUCACGGAUAUCGAAUCUGCUAAGAAGUACUUGCUUGAUACUGCAACGACUACAUACCAUCCUUGUGGUACUGCGGCUAUGCUGCCACGGGAAAAGGGUGGUGUUGUUGACGAGAACCUCCGGGUGUAUGGAACUAAAAUUUGCGGGUUUGUGACUCUAGUAUCCUCCCGCAACAUCAUGACGGCCGUGUAUGCCAUCGCUGAAAGAGGUGCGGAUAUCAUCAAAGGUGUGAUUUGA